GAAAACAAAAAAUAAAAAAUACAUUUCUUUUCUUCAAACUAUCACUUUCGCUCUCUUCUUUCUCUCUCUUAAUUUCACCAUGGCUAAAGACCUCCAAACCCCAAAAGAUUUCCAAGAAAACCAAUCACCAAACAUCAACUCUCCUCUUCCAAAUGAAUGCAAAACCCCAAAAUCUCCUUCAUGUAGGAUUCCCCAAGCUGUUAACUGUCCUGGUGCUCCUAAGAAACCGAAAAGGGCAAAUCGGUCAUUGUGCAAGAGAAGAUUGCGAUUUGAGAUUGUCGUCAUGGUUACUGAGGAAGAAAUCGAUUCAUUUUUCAGGAAUGCAGAAGAUGCUAACAAUGGUUGUAACAAGAUCAUGAAAAGAAGACGUAGCAUGUAAACUCAUAAAAAAUGUUAUUCAGAAAUAAUCAUCUGAUAUUUGAAACUCAUAAUUGACUGAUUGAUAAAAGUUAUUGU